AUGGAGAAGGAAGAGAGAAACCAGAGAUCUUCUUGCAAAGGUUUAGAGCCGGAGUUUUUCUUGCAGUGGGGAAAUAAAAAGAGGCUUAGAUGUGUUAGAGUUAGAGACCCUCAAAUCAUUUCACAGAGAUCUGAUGGUGUUUUUCGCAGGAAAAUCACUUCUAGGAUUGAUAGAUUUGUUGUAUCUUCUGCCACUACAGAGAAAGACACCUCUCUUUUUCAAUCAAAUCGCCUCACAAGGAAUUCUGAGGCAGCAAUACUUAGGUCCAGUGUGACUGAGAACAGGAAAUCUUCUUCGCCGGAGAAGGAGGACAGGUAUUACACUACAAGGGGGUCGGUGGUUCUGGAUGAGAAUGGUGGCAAGGUUUCAAUGGAUGGUAACAAUGGAGAGGAUAAAGGACAUGUCUGGCCAAAGCUAUAUGUUACUUUGUCAAGCAAAGAAAAAGAGGAAGAUUUUAUGGCUAUGAAAGGGUGUAAGCUUCCUCAAAGGCCUAAAAAGAGAGCCAAAGUUGUACAAAGAAGUUUACUUUUGGUUAGCCCUGGGGCAUGGUUGACUGAUAUGUGCCAAGAGAGGUAUGAAGUUAGAGAGAAGAAGAGUUCUAAGAAGCAGAGACCAAGAGGAUUGAAGGCCAUGGGGAGUAUGGAAAGUGAUUCAGAAUAA